AUGAGCAAUCUAAAUGCUACACCGUGGAUUCGGUUGUAUUCUCAGGAAUCUGCUAUCGAUCGACGGGCUUAUUAUCGCUUCGUGAACGCGAGUCCUCGCGAAGUUGAAUUGGCCUGGUACGAUUACGACGGAGGGAAACACAUCUUCUACAACAUACCGCCUCGAGCGUUCCGGGACAUUGACACUUUCGAGGGCCAUCCGUGGCAAGCCUUCGAAAAACAUUAUCACAGGGCUCUACUCCUGAGAGGUCGUUUCUUUCUCUGUGCGAAAAGGUCCGAAAGACUGACCCGUCUUCAAGUUCUCAUCACUGAGCCAGUAUAUUCCCUGAAAUCCUUGUGUUUGGGCGUACUCUGCCUUUCAGCGUCGGACGACGACGUUCAGGAGCUACCGAGGAAUUUGAUACGGGAUCUAGUCACCUACCGAGUCUAUAGAUUCACUUGUUAA